AUCGAGUUCACAACGUCCAAGCAGGAUACCCGGCGCCAAAACAGCGCGCAGCUUGAAGCAGCGGCACGGACUAACUGCCGGGAGAGAGAGAGAGAGAGAGCGCACUCAGGGUGUGUGCAAGAGAAGCAGCAGAGAUGCACAUAAAAUCUAUUAUUUUAGAAGGUUUCAAGUCAUAUGCCCAGAGGACAGAAAUAAAUGGAUUUGACCCCCUGUUUAAUGCCAUAACUGGGUUAAAUGGUAGUGGCAAGUCCAACAUUCUCGAUUCCAUCUGUUUCUUGCUUGGCAUCUCCAAUCUGUCACAGGUGAGAGCUUCCAACUUGCAAGAUCUUGUCUACAAAAAUGGCCAAGCUGGAAUUACCAAAGCCACUGUUUCAAUCACCUUUGACAACCAUGACAAACAGCAGAGUCCCUUAGGUUUUGAAGCACAUGACGAGAUUACAGUGACCAGACAGGUUGUCAUUGGUGGCAGGAACAAAUAUUUAAUCAAUGGAGUAAAUGCCAACAACACUCGUGUGCAAGAUCUUUUCUGCUCUGUCGGCCUCAAUGUCAAUAAUCCUCAUUUUCUUAUCAUGCAGGGUCGAAUUACUAAAGUCCUGAAUAUGAAGCCUCCAGAGAUUCUAGCUAUGAUUGAAGAAGCUGCUGGUACCAGGAUGUAUGAAUGUAAGAAACUUGCUGCUCAAAAAACAAUUGAGAAGAAAGAAGCCAAGCUUAAGGAAAUACAGACGAUUCUGGAAGAAGAAAUCACUCCAACCAUCCACAAACUAAAAGAGGAAAGGUCUUCUUACUUGGAGUACCAGAAGAUCAUGCGAGAAAUAGAACAUUUAAGUCGUCUCUAUGUUGCCUACCAGUUUGUUUGUGCUGAAGAGACCAAAGUGCGCUCUGCAGAAGAACUAAAUGAAAUGCAGGAAUCAAUACUUAAACUUAAGGAAACCAUGGCAGAGAAUGAGAGAAAAGUGAAGGAGCUAGCCAAUGAAAUCUCACAGAUUGAGAAAACGAGAGAUCAGGAAGUUGGAGGACAACUGCGUAUAUUAGAAGAAACCCUCUCUGAGGCACAGAGAACUGAUGCCAAGGCACAAAGCACCCUGGACCUCAAGAAACAAAAUAUUAAAGCUGAAGAGAAAAAACGCAAGGAGUUAGUGAAGAGCAUGGACGAGGAUGCCAACGCUUUGGGUGGCAAAGAGAAAGAAGUUAAGAAAAUAACAGACAGUCUGAGCACGUUUCAGGAAGCAUGUCAGAAGGACGCCGAGGGUUUCGCUUCUGCCCAGCAACAUUUCAAUGCUGUCUCUGCAGGGCUUUCUAGUAAUGAGGAUGGUGAAGAGGCUACUCUGGCUGGGCAAAUGAUGACAUGCAAAAAUGAAAUAAGUAAAGCGGAGACGGAGGCUAAACAGGCCCAAAUGAAGCUCAAACAUGCCCAGCAGGAGCUGAAAACUAAGCAGGCUGAAGUCAAGAAGAUGGACAGUGGUUACAAGAAAGACAAUGAAACAUUUGAAGCAGUGAAGAAGAAUAAAGAAAAGCUGGAAGCAGAAAUGAAGAAAUUGAGCUAUGAGGAUGGGAAAGAAGAGUUGCUUUUAGAAAGGCGCAGGGAACUCUCCCGUAAUGUAAACAGACUUCGAGAGGCAUACGAGUCCCUGAUGGCACGAUACUCCAGCCUUAACUUUGAAUACAGGGAUCCAGAAAAGAACUGGGAUUCAAAUCGUGUGAAAGGCCUUGUUGCUUCCUUGAUCACUGUAAAAGACUUCUCUACAGCAACUGCAUUGGAAGUAGUAGCUGGAGGACGGCUGUACAAUGUGGUGGUGGAUUCAGAGGUCACUGGUAAAAAAUUGCUGGAGAAAGGAGAACUAAAACGAAGGCUUACCAUAAUCCCACUAAACAAAAUUUCAGCUAGGCGCUUGACAACAGACACGGUUAAUGUAGCCAAAAGCAUGGUGGGUGCUGACAAUGUUCAUUUAGCGCUUACACUGGUUGGAUAUAGUUCUGAAUUGGAGAAGGCAAUGGAGUACGUCUUUGGAACUACACUGGUUUGUGAUACAAUGGACAAUGCAAAAAGAGUGACUUUUGACAAAAGAAUUAUGACUAAAAGCGUUACACUUGGAGGUGAUACUUUUGAUCCUCAGGGAACAUUAAGUGGAGGCGCUCGUUCUCAAGCUCCAUCAGUAUUGUCCAAGGUUCAAGAGGUUAAAGAUGUCCAGGAGGAACUGAAAGUGAAAGAGGCAGAGUUGCAGACAGUGGACAAGGAACUCUCCAAUUUGAAGAAUACUGCCGAAAAGUACCGUCAGUUAAAACAGCAGUGGGAAAUGAAGUCUGAAGAAGCAGAUUUGCUCCAAACCAAACUUCAGCAAAGUUCUUACCAUAAGCAGCAGGAAGAGCUUGAUACAUUGAAGCAGACUAUUGAGGAGAGUGAAGAAACCAUGAAGAAAACGAAAGAAGUACAGCAGAAAGCAGAGGAAAAAUUCAAGGUUUUGGAGCACAAGAUGAAAAAUGCAGAGGCUGAGCGUGAGCGAGAGCUGAAGGAAGCCCAGCAGAAAUUAGAUGCAGCAAAGAAGAAAGCCGAUGCUUCCAGCAAGAAGAUGAAAGAAAAACAGCAGGAAGUAGAUGCCUUGGUUCUAGAGCUGGAAGAACUCCGUAGAGAACAGACCACCUGUAAGCAGCAGAUCGAAUCCGUGGAUGAGGCAAUAAAAGCCUAUCAGGAGCAAGUUGACAGCAUGGCUUCAGAAGUUGCAAAAUGCAAGGAAGCUGUCAAGAAAGCUCAAGAAGAAUUGGCAAAGCAGAAGGCAAUAAUUAUGGGGCAUGACAAAGAAAUUAAAGCCAAGUCAGCAGAGGCUGCCAAGCUCCGGGAAAAUAACAAUGACUCCCAACUAAAGAUCAAGGAGCUGGAACAUAAUAUCAGCAAACACAAAAAGGACAGCGCUGAUGCUGCUGCGAGGGUAGGCAAAAUGCUAAAUGACUAUGAGUGGAUUGCUACAGAGAAGCAUCUCUUUGGCCAAGCAAACACUGCAUAUGAUUUCAAGACAAAUAACCCAAAGGAAGCUGGGCAGAGGCUACAAAAACUACAGGAGAAAAAGGAGAAACUUGGCAGAAAUGUCAAUAUGAGAGCAAUGAACAUGCUUACUCAGGCAGAGGAAAGGUACAACGAUUUAAUGAAAAAGAAAAGAAUUGUUGAAAAUGACAAGUCAAAAAUUUUGUCCACCAUUGAAGAAUUGGAUCAGAAGAAAAACGAGGCUUUGAAUAUUGCGUGGCAGAAGGUAAACAGAGACUUUGGUUCCAUCUUUUCCACACUGUUACCUGGUGCGAAUGCCAUGUUGGCACCUCCUGAAGGUCGCACGGCUCUUGAUGGGUUGGAAUUCAAAGUUGCUCUUGGCAGCACAUGGAAAGAAAACCUGACAGAACUAAGUGGAGGGCAGAGGUCUCUAGUUGCUUUAUCUCUGAUCCUUGCCAUGCUGCUUUUUAAACCUGCCCCAAUCUACAUUCUGGAUGAAGUUGAUGCUGCUCUGGACCUUUCUCACACACAAAAUAUUGGACAAAUGCUACGAACUCACUUCCGACACUCACAGUUUGUUGUUGUGUCGCUCAAAGACGGUAUGUUCAACAAUGCCAAUGUCCUUUUCAAGACAAAGUUUGUUGACGGAGUGUCUGCAGUAGCAAGAUUUACACAGAACCAGAAUGGAAGCAGUUCAGCUUCACAGCAAAGAACAGAGAAGUCAAAAGCAAAGGAAAAAAGGAGUCGGGAUGCAUGAAGGAGUUUUGCAAUUACCUUUUAACAUGCAAGUAGGGAAAGCAAUUUCCUAUGACAUUUAUAAUCUUUUUAAAGACUGACUUGCUUCCAGCACAUUUCCUAAUUGUACAUAUUUUCUUUAUUCAAGGACAAUUAAGUGUCGAUAUACAGUACUGCAAAAGCUAUUGCUUUACUAUGAACAAAUGUCUGUUUCAGAAGUAGGCAAGUACUGGACCUCUGGUAGCAGACUGUAAACUAUGUGGACUGAUUAUUGCAGGUCUUGGCAUUUGACUGGCUCUGGUCUAAUUAAUUUUACCUUGCAGUUAAGGAAUGGGUACUAGUGUUGGAUGCAUUUUCUUCUGCAUAUUUUAAUUCGCUGUCACCAUAGUACCAUGAAGGAUGCUUACUAGGAUAAGGUCUUGAGGAAAGUGUGGUGGUGUUCAGCAAAACCGCUCAAGUUAGAGACACUAGAAAAGUAAUUUGGGAACGAAUGUGAUGUAAAACACACAGUAAAAGUAAAUUUGUAUGAAUAAAUAUUUUUUU